GUGCGCAUGCGUGCUACUUCUCCAUGUGUGCUGUGGCCCAACUGAGUAGAGACCUUUAAGCCCCUUUGGCGACACGACCUCGUCCCCAGCUCGGCAGCUCCUACGGCUUGCUGUUGCCCUCUUCUUUCGAUCUUUUCCCACAGAGUACGUCACCAUGGGCAAGAGCCGGACGAAGCGCUUCAAGCGACCUCAGUUCUCCCCUACCGGCAACUGUCAGGCCGAGGCGGUGGCUGCGGCGAACGGCACUGAAGACGAGGAAGAUGAUGGACCGGCGGCAGAGCUGCUGGAAAAGCUCCAACACCCGAGCGCCGAGGUUCGCGAGUGCGCCUGCGCGGGGCUGGCUCGCUUGGUACAGCAGCGGCCUGCGCUGCCCUGCCUGGCUCGCCGUGAUGCUGUGCGCCGGCUCGGGCCGCUGCUACUGGACCCCAGUUUGGCGGUCAGGGAGACAGCUGCCGGGGCGUUGAGAAAUCUCAGUGCUUGUGGAGGUUUUGAAGUUUGUGAUGACAUGGUGACAAAGGACAUCAUGACUCCCCUAGUGGCUCUGCUAAAAGAGUGUAGUGCUGGACUGGAUUCAAAUGAAAUGAUUCCACAGGAGAAAAAAGAUCAGAACAGAAAUUCUAUUGAGAAUAUAGCCAAUGAGGCUGUGAAUGUGCUGUGGAAUAUAUGUGAAUGCAGUAGUAGAGCAGUAUCUAUAUUCAACAAAGAAGGGUGUUUGGAGAUUGUAUUAAAGUAUUUAAGUAGGUUUUCCACCAAUGUUGACCUGGCUAUUUCAGUAGCAUAUUGUUUGCAGACAGUGACAGAAGAUAACCCAGAGCUACUGAAAUCUUUCAGUGCUACAGCGCUUCAUGUGCUGGAAUCCGCAAUGCUGUGUCCUGUCAGUUCCAUGGAGUACAUUCUCUUAAAGACACUGGUAGCAGGCACAAUCUGGAAUCUAAAGGACAUUAUUCCAUCAAAGAGUCAGGCAGAAAUCAUAAAUGCUAUCCUAAAGAUCUUAUCUGAAGUUUUAGAAAUGGAUGCUAUGGAAACGGUUAUUCAAAUGAAGGAGGCCGAAACUCAGCGGAUAAAGACAGCUGCGGAGACUGAGGAAAUCCUGGACAAUGCUGGUGGUGAUGAUUUGGUGGAUGAUGAAAUGGAAGAGAUUCCUUGCAGAAGAAAAGUCAGAAGGAAAACUUUCAUUUCUGAUUUACUUCCACCCACUGACAAGGAACUAAGAGAGAUCACAGCAUUGCUGACAGCUCAGCAGACUGCUCUGGAAAUCAUUGUCAACAUGUGCUGCAAUGAAGAUCCCUCGGAUGAUGAGUGGGAAGAGCUGUCUAGCAGUGAUGAAAGUGAAGCAUUUAUGGAGAAUUCCUUCAGCGAGUGCAGUGGGCAGUUGCUCUCUCCUCUCUGCCUAUCCCAUGAGAUUCAUACUGCUCUCACCAACUGCCCCAUCCCAAAGAAGGUUUUUGAGAAAACUGCCUUUCCAAACAGCGUUGCAGUUGACAUAUGUUCUAGGAACCCUACUUGGAAACCUUUGAUUAGAAAAAUGAACACUAUACAGUGUAGAGCCCUCGUGUGCCUCCAGAGUCUUGUGUCCCUCUUGGACGUGGAUCAUCUGGGAGGAGCCCCAGCCCUUCAGACGCUUGCACAGCACUUGUCACAGCUUCUUUUUUCUCAGCCAGAUUUUGCAAAACAUGCUGACUUUCUAGAAGCCAUAAGUAGUGCCUUGAGAGCCCUUUUGCAAACAAUGGCCUCCAAGAACAUUCCUCAGUGCAUGACGCCUGAGCAGCUGAUGACGCUGUGCAAAGCAGGCAUUCAUAGCAGCAAUGUCGGAGUGAGAGUGAAUGUCGUCAGCAUCUUAGGAAUCACGGGCAGUGUCCUAGCCAGAGAGUGUGGGACUCUUGAAACUCUUAAGACCAUUGGGUGCUUUCUGCUUGAUGUUGCCACCAAAGACCCUUCCCUUGUUGUAGCAGGAGAAGCUUUGGAUGCCCUCUUUGAUGUUUUUGCAGACGGUGAAGAAGCUGAAAGGGCCUCAGUUCAAAUUAAACUGUUAUCUGCUCUGAAAGAAUUCCAACCAGUCUUCAAAACGAAGAUACGAAAAGAAGGGAGAGGUAAAUACAGUCCAGAUCAGCUGUGUGUCCUCGACAACGUGAAGAUGAAUUUGAGAAGGUUUGUUGCUUAUCAAGAAACUGUUGAGAAAAGACUGACUUCUUGAACCAUCUAGAGAGAAUCUACAGCUGAGGGCAUAGCUCAGUGAUAGAGCCUUGUGGAGUGUAUGCAGGCCCUGGGUUCCAAGACCACAAAAAGAGAGCGAGAUUAGUUCUUCUCCAAAUUAUUUGAUGCUGAGAGUACUAAGGAGUUUCCUUUGAGUGUAUGCUUCAGAAAGCAAUUUUUAAUGCCCAUAUUCUGGACAGACAUUAUAUUGAAAUUCACAAAAUCUUUAAAACUUGUCAGAAACGUGUGUAGGCCUUGGAAUCUAAAUAUGUUUCUAGUGUUUGCUCUGUUAUGUCUUCAGCAUAUUUUAAUCACUGGGAACAAAGAGUGGAGAUGCAAAGCAAUCUCAGGUGGUCCUUUUUUUUUUUUUUUUUUAAUGAUACUGGGGAUGGGGCCCUAGGGCCUUGUGCUUGCUAAGCAAGCACUCUGCCACUGAGCUAUAGGUGGUUCUUAACUAAUACGUGGUCAGUAAAGAAACGUCAAACAAUCACAUCCUUGAAUUUUGCAAGAAAAAUGUAAGUCAUUGCUUGGGUACUUUUUAAAGUCAAUAUCAUUUUAUAUUAGAUGAAUUUUUAGCUGAAACAUGAAAACAAGCUUUAUAAAAUAAUUUUUACCAUGAUGUACUGUAUACCAAUUAUGAACCAUUUGUGAAGAAGUAAAUGAGCUGAAUUUGGUGUCAUCCUUAGUGUGACAUUACUGAGCUAUGAGGUGAUUGCCAUCCUCUGUACAGCAGGUCUGAUCAAUUAUUGCUUGUAACCUCACUCCUUGAUUUGACUUGAUAUAGAAUCAGAAUUGGUAGAAAAUAUUUUGAAUAAA